AAGUAUAAAUUAUGAAGAUGAGAAAAAUGUAAAGAAGACAAAUAUCAAGUGACCAGUCUUCUUCGAUCUCUCCUUGGAUAGCGUAAUGAUGGUGGUGGUGGUCCAACUAUGGGAGACGCUCAAGGAAACCAUUACAGCUUACACUGGACUUUCUCCCGCUGCGUUCUUCACCGUCGUAGCUCUCGCUUUCGCCAUCUACCAAGUCGUCUCCGGUUUCUUCGCCUCUCCUGAGGAACACCGCCCUCGUUCUACGGAGGUAUACCCUCCGUCAGAGCCUCUUCCGCCGCCGGUUCAGCUCGGGGAAAUCACAGAAGAGGAGCUUAAGCAGUAUGACGGUUCCGAUUCCAAAAAGCCCCUUCUCAUGGCGAUCAAAGGCCAGAUCUACGAUGUUUCCCAGAGCAGGGUAGAUGCAAGCCGAGCUUUGGCAAAGAUGUCCUUUGAGGAGAAUGAUUUGACCGGAGACAUCUCGGGUCUCGGUCCUUUUGAGCUAGAUGCGUUACAAGACUGGGAGUACAAGUUCAUGAGCAAGUAUGUCAAAGUCGGGACUAUUCAGAAGAAGGAUGAAGAAGGUAAAGAAAAAACAGAAGAUUCUACAAACACUGGAGAAGAAGCUUCGGCUACUACUGUUGGCGAAACUUCCAGAAGCGUUGAAGAGAAAACAAUAGAAACCACCGAGAAAAAGGAUGUUGCAGAUGGCGAUGCUGCAAAGGAAGAGUAAGGCAAUGUAAUCGGAGUCAACACUCUGUCCACGUUAGCGAGAUUUUUAAGUGGUUUUAAGUUAUAUAUAUUAGCUCAAUGUGGAAGAAGGAAGCUCAAUAAAUCAAAAGAAAUGUCGACUGUGUACCUUUUGGAUCUUAUAUUGACAUAUUUAUGAUGUUUGUGAAGUUGCCAUCAAAUUGAACGAAUUCGUAUUUGUUUUAUAGCAAAAUUUGUGCCA